CACCCCAAACGUGGGAGGUGAGUCUCAUAUUACAUGAACCAAGUGAGUGAACAACGUCACUUUAUCUGUGUUGAAGAUUUAAUGAUAAGUACAACAGUUAUAUGAUUUAUAUUUGGAUUAUAGGACUAACAAUGGUAUCGAAACAUUCGAAAGGUUCAAGGAAGAGGUGAUAAAUAUCGGCUACAAACCUUCAAGGUGCCGCGCUCGGGCCUCGAAGCCCCUAACCAACAUGGCGGCGUUUAUAUACGUCUGCCUGGCUUUUGUUGUUUGGGAUGUAUACCUUGUUCAUCGAACGUUUGCUAAUUCAAUCGCAUGUCCUUUAGCGUGUGCAUGUUUAGGACAAAUGGUGGACUGUAGCAGACGAGGGCUGAUUGAAGUGCCAAAAGAUAUACCUAGCUGGGUCGAGAUUUUAGAACUUCAGAACAAUGGAAUUACGGUUUUAAAUCCUGGAGAUUUUAAAGGAUUACCCAAUUUAAAAUUGCUAGAUUUAAGCAGUAAUGAUAUAGAAUUUAUUAACAAUACAGUUUUCAAUGAUUUACAACAUCUAAUUACAUUAAAAAUGAAUUAUAAUAAAUUAACAGAGCUUCCUGUUUUUCCCAAAAAUUCAAGUAUGCAAACUAUAAAUGUUAACCAUAAUGGUAUCAUUUCCAUCAAACCCGAGGCCAUGGCAAGUCUACCCAAUUUAAAAACUUUGGAUUUGAAUUACAACCAAAUCAUGGACAUCCCUGUUGAAACUUUCCCUAAAGGAUGCAAGAUACAACAGCUGUUCAUGAAUAACAAUCGCAUCAUUAGUUUAGAAAACGGUUGCCUUGACAACUUAACAUCGAUAGAAUGGUUGAAAAUGAACAAAAACAAGUUGAUGGAGCUAAAUAAGAGUGUUUUCGGCAAUUUAACUACUCUCAAGAACUUGGAAUUGAUGAAGAAUCAAAUCAAAGUUAUAGAUGGAUUAACAUUUCAAGACUUGAGUAACCUUCAAGUUCUUAAACUCAAAAGAAAUUCUAUAUCAUCAUUAUGUGAUGGUGCCUUCUGGGGUUUACAAAAAAUACAAAACCUACAAUUGGAUCAUAAUAAGAUAACCAAUGUUACUAAAGGCUGGCUGUAUGGUCUAGGAUCGUUAAAACAAUUAUCAUUGGCUAAUAACUUAAUUCAAUCCCUGGAACAAGAUGGCUGGGGAUCCUGUAAAGGUCUACAAAAACUAGACCUGACUCACAACAAAAUUACCACCAUUGCUGAAAAAACAUUUUCUCGGUUGUAUGGAUUACAAGAUCUAUACUUAGACCAUAAUAUGGUAUCAAGAAUUGAUGAUGGUGCCUUUAAAGAUCUUUCAGCUCUUAAUUCAUUGGAAAUAAAUCAUAAUCUGAUAUCAUGGACUAUUGAAGAUGUAAGUGGAGCUUUCAUUGGUUUAGAUAACCUGGGGAAACUAGGCCUGAAGACCAAUCAGAUUAAAACAAUUGUUGGUGAAGCCUUUCAUGGAUUAAAGAAAUUACGAACAAUCCACCUAGAAGACAAUCCUAUUACAUCCGUUCAAGAAAAUUCAUUUCAGCCUCUGGAAGAAUUACAAGAACUACAUUUUAAUUCAACCAAUCUUCUGUGUGAUUGUCAGUUGGCAUGGUUACCAGUAUGGCUGACAAGUUCUGGGUUUCGUUCAUCUAUCAAUGCUAUAUGUGGUCACCCAGCAAAUUUAAAGGGAAGGAGUAUCUUUGAUCUUGCACAAGAAGACUUUCUAUGUAAUGAUAUGGAGUUUCCUAAACCAAUAAUGCGAGAACAUCCACAGAGUCAAAUAGCUCUAAAAUCUGAUAAUGUUACAUUGAAUUGUUCUGCUACUGUUACUGGUGAUAAAGAUCCUAUUGUUAUGUGGAGAAAAGAUAAAUCUCCAUUAAUUAAUGUUGAUCAAGAGUUAUUUGCUACUGUAAAUAAUGGAGAUGUGAAGACCUAUACAUCAGUAUUAAAGUUAUAUAAUGUACAAGAUUCAGCUGUAGGCAAAUAUCAUUGUGUUAUGUCUAAUAAGUUUGGAUCAGCUUAUUCUAAACGAGCUGAGAUAAGUGUACAUGUCUUCCCUGUCUUCGAUAAAAAACCAAAAGAUGUAACUGUGAAAUCAGGUCGUACUGCCAAAUUAGAAUGUUCAGCUAAAGGUCAGCCUAUGCCAGAGAUAGCAUGGCAGAAGGAUGGUGGUGAUGAUUUUCCUGCUGCUAGAGAAAGAAGAAUGCAUGUGAUGCCAAAAGAUGACACAUUCUUUAUUGUGAAUGUUAAACGGGUUGAUGAAGGCAUCUACAGUUGUACAGCUAAAAAUGAUGCUGGUACUAUUGUGGCUAAUGUCAGUCUUACUGUUCUAGAAACACCUUCCUUCAUACGAAAAAUGGAAGAUAAGAAGUUCACCCAUGAAGGCGACACAACUGUGUUAGAAUGUAUGGCAUCUGGUAGUCCCAAACCAAGACUAACAUGGAUGAAAGACAAUAAACCAUUGGAACUAUCUGAACGACAUUUCUUUACUGCUGAUGAUCAACUGUUGAUCAUUGUAGAAACAAAGAAGUCAGAUGCUGGAGGAUAUACAUGUGAAAUGUCUAAUACAUUAGGUACACAGCGUGGUAAUUCUAUAUUAAAGGUACAAUCUGCUGAAGGAAUGACAGCUAGUAAUUUUGAGUUAGAUGAUGAAUCAACUACUACUGGUAUUAUUAUAAUAGCUGUAGUAUGCUGUGUUGUAGGAACAUCUUUAGUAUGGGUUAUUAUCAUAUAUCAGACACGUAAACGACCAGAGAUGUAUAGUGCCACACCUACUGAUGAAACAACAUUACCUGCUGAAUUACCUAGUUCUGGUUAUGCAUCUUCAGAGAAAGAUGUAUCUUAUACACCAUUACCUAUACAUGCUUACUCUUAUCAAGAUUAUCAGUUAAAAGAAGGUAAUUAUGAGAGAUUUCGUGGUUGUGGUAGACAGCCAGCUAUAUUUCCUAGUGAUGUUGAUGAAGAUGAUAUUGAUCCAAGUAGAUUACUAGGUGAACUACGAACUGGUAGAAUAUCAGGAGAUAAUAGUUUAGGUAGUGGUAAUUACCCUAAUAGUGAAACAGACACUAUCAGUAGUACACAGAGUACUCAAAGUACAACUAGUGUACCUCAUUCACUACAGACAUUCCAUCCUAUAUUAAAUACUGACAAUACACAUACUAGUGAUAAUAAUUGUGUACAUUGUGUUUAUAAUAAUAAGACUAACAGUGUAUCAUCUAUACCUAGUGUAACAGAUAUAUCUCCAUCUUGUGAAAACAAUCAACUACAUACACCAAAACAUCCACCAGAUUGUGAAUGUAGAAGGCAAUUAACAUCUAUAGCAUGUGGUAUACCUACAGUACCAGCUAAUAAUACAUGUGAUCAAAUUACCCCUCCUUCUUAUACAGAUUGUGUUAUUGAUAGUGGUGUACAGAAGCCAUUAUUAAAUGGACAUACCGGUAGUUCAUAUUGUAAUACACCGUCUUUACAACAACUUUCUUCAUCCAAUCAUAUAAAUAAUCUACCCACCCACAUAAGCAUUCCAAUACCGACGGGACAUAGGACAGAAAAUACAUCUAUCAGUGUUUAGCAGCAAGUCCACAAACUCGUGUUGUAAUUAACAAAUCCAAAUCUAUCUGUGAUGUGUGUUUAUAAAUUGUCCCAUGUACCCCGACUUUUAUCUUUUAAAUGAGAUAAAAUACAACUCAGGAGAAAGUGAUUGUGAAAUUUGUCUGACAUCCGCUUUGAAGUUUAUCACAAGAUGGAUGCACGAGGAUGCUGUUCAGUGAAUUAAGAACCUGUUUCUUGCCAAAAUAAUAAGAGAAAGUGACUCUGUGAGACGGUGUUGAAAUCCAGAAAGUUUUAUUCAGUGACUUGAAACUUUCAGCCAAUAAAGGAACUAUAUUACAGUAUAGACGGGUAUUUUUAUAUUAAAAAUAAAAAAUUGUCAUUCUAGGAUGGAAAUGGCAAUUAUUUUAGUGCAAGUGCUACUUUGAACAUGUAUGUAACACAAACCAGUUAAUUGUGUUAACUGGUUUCAGUUUUCAUAGUUACAGGUUAUAGUGUAAAAACCCCAACCCCCACCCCCACCCCAUAUAAAACCAAUUACCUCAUUUCAUUAAAUAAACUCUUAUUCCAUCUAAACAAACCCCAGAUUAGCAUUAUAUAAAUCUUUCUUAUCCCUUGCCCUCAUCUCUAAAAGUGCUAUUUUUAUUUACAUAAUCUUAUUGUUUUAAAUGGGAACAAUAGUUAUCAUAAUGAAACAAUCAUUAUAAAUUAUCAUUUUGUAUUAAAUGGGGUGUAAUUCCAGAUGAACAAAUUGGACUAGAAAAGUUUUUUCAUUUCUUGUUUUCAUACUUUUUAUUACUCUAUCAUGAAAUAAGUGCUUUCUGUUUGUAUAUAAUGUGAAAUAUUUGUGAGAAUGAGUGGAAAGAGAAAUGGCAGUUUGUUAGCAUAUAUAUGUUAAACUCACUAGAAUAUAAAAAUCUUUUAUUUGCUUCCAUUUUACAAAUACGACAAUGGCAGUUUUCUGUGGCAUUCAUUAGAGUUAAAUUGAUAGGGCAUCUUAUUUCUGAUGGUGAUCAUUGAAAUCCAUGUACAAUGUAUUGUAAAAAUAGAUUUAUUUAUAUCAAAAAUAAUGAAAUCCAUUUCAUAUUGCGUUACAUGGCACUCUGUAAUUUUGAAAACGAAUACUGCACAAGUCUACUUAUUAUGCAGUUACCAAAAAUGUUCUGUUUUCAUUACUAGAUACACAUUGGAUUUAUAGAUAUGGCAUACUGUUACAAUAUCUUCCAACUAGCUUUUAUAAAUAUUAAUCAUUGCAAAUGGAUUUUUUUAUCAAAAUUUUGUAUAGAUACAUUAACUUGAUAGUAGUACUUAUUUUUGUAUUCUCAGGAAUUUAAAUUAGCUGUGGACCAAAUAUAUCUAUGCAAGAAUUUAUUUUAGCAGCCUUGUCGUAUGAAAUCUCUGUUGCAUCAAAUUGUUUAUUGGACAGUUUGCAAAUUGUUUAUCGACAGUAUGCCAGUAGUAAAUAUCAUUUCUUUAGUCUAAAUUAUUUUAAUAAUCCAAUGUUUGUGUUUAUGAUACAAGAAUGAGUUUUCUGUCUGCCAGGACUGCGAUAUAAGUAGGGCAUUAUUAUAGACAAGAGCCUGUAUAAAGUGUUUUUGUUAAAGAUUUAUUAAAUAGAGUAUAUUUUAUUAUAAUCAAGUUCUAUCUUACUGUUUGAAUGUAUUGAAUGAAUGAUUUUAUACUGAAUGUAUGUAGAAACCUUAUUGAAUCGUUUUUAUAAGUUAUUUAAUAUGAAGGUUGUUUCAGAAAAAAAAUCCACACCAAAUUCUGUAUUUAUUUUAUUUAGCAGUGUCUAUAAAGAUUUUAAAAUUGUCAAAACCAGGUUUUCCGUUUCAAGUGUAAAUAGAAACCUUUUGAAUCUGUUUUUUAAAUUUUUUGAUAUAAAAUUGUUUUUAAAAUUCUACAUUUUUAUUUAGCAAUGGCUACAAAGAAAUAUUUGAUUUUUUGAUUAAUGUAAAGAAUAAUUGUAUAUAAGUUUGUGAGAAGAAUGUUGUUAAAUGAAUGACGAAUGGUAUAAUUGUUUUAUAAUGUUUUAGUAAAUUUGAACUUGAUUAUAAUAAAUAAGAAGAAUACUUUGUAUAUAAUUGUUGUCCUACAUGGGUCUGCAUUUCAAUCGAAGUUUUAAUGUAGAGCUAAUUUAUUGUACAAACAUGUUUGUGUGUAAAAUAUGGAAAUAUAUCAUUUAUACUGUCAUAAUACAAUACAGUAUAUUAAAACAUUUAAAAACAAUGAAUAAAAAAAACUAUAAAUAUGAAAA